ACGUUAGUAAUCAAUUGCAGGCCCAACAGCCCAGACCACAAAGAGAAGCAGUCGCAGUCAGUCGCACCACCGAUCCACGAUCCACUGAUCCACCGAUCCACGCAAUUGUUGCUGUUUCUUUUUUAGACAAAAAAGAAAUAUAUAUAAUUUUUUUUUGGGCUGUUUACAUUUUGGCCAAAACGCCACACCCACACACUCCCACGUCCCGCUCACACACACACAAACACACACGCGCACGCGACAAAAACAGCAUGAGGCAGCCAAGUAGACAGCACAUCCUGGCGCUCCUGAUCCUCGGCAGCGCCGCCUGCCUCAUCAGCGCCGUACCGCUACCGCAGCCCGCCAACGGUAAUUCCGAGCUGGACGUCCUCCAAAUCCCGCUUGCCAAUGGCAAGGAAAUCGAUGUCUUGACAUUGGGCGCCAAAGACCAAGAAUCAUUGAUAGCCGAUCGCAACAAACGAACGAUUGGACUGCUGCGCGAACUUUUCCCCGACAUCACCAAGGAGAUCAAUGUGCAGAUCAAUCGUCUAGUGAAUAAUGUGUUGCAACGCGUUGGUCCCGUGGUUCUGGGCACCGUUCUCAAUCCGGCCUUCGAUCUGGGCCUUCAUCCCCGACAGCCAGCCAAAGAGGACGAUGAUGGCAAUGAUAGUGAUGGGGAUGAUAUGAAGCAAGGGUCCAAGGACUAUGAUGAUCAACUGCCCGACGACCUAACCGAAUUCCAGCCCGAUGGCGAGUUUGCAAAGGAGCAGAAAUGAGCAAAACCAAUUUACAAAAUGAAAAUGAAUAUCUAGCCUAAGGCUUUAACCCACAAACAAAUUAUUGGCUUGGUCCCCGUCCUCUCCUGGAAAUGUGUAUACCUAUCAAAUGUUGCAUGUUUUUCUUUAGGCCUUUAGCAUAACGAGCACUCAACCACCCAAAGCCACAUCCUGUACUCAGCAUGCCAGCACCACCCAGUAGCAGAGAUUGAACCACCACCACCCACCCAAUAAUUACAUACGCGCACACAUAGACACGAACAUAGACACAUAAUCUACAAUACCAAACAAAAUGAUACACACCCACAAUUGAGUUUUCAGCCUGCAAAAUAGAUACAAUCAUCCGAACAAUUGGCCCAAGAUCAUCAAGAACAGUCAACAAUCGACAAGAAAUCAGCUACUGCAUCAGCAUCUCAUGUGGAAAGCACCACCACCACCAAAAAAUAAACAGCAGAACCACCAAAGAAUCUCAUUUACCAGUAAAAAAAAAAAAACAAAUAUAGCAAUCAAAUCAAAUCGCAUAUUCUUUGUUGACCUUUCGCUGAUCUCUUGCUAGGAAAUCGACUCCAUAGUAAAUCGAAUUAUAGCCCAGGUGAUUCGGGUGGCCGGUCCUGGUCUUCUGAAUACCAUAUUGGCCGGAAAUCGAGGUGGUGCGGGUGGUGCAGCCGGUGGAGGUACAACGCCGGCUAGCGAUUUCGAUGCCGAUUUCGAUGCGGACUUUGACGAGGAUGACGAUGUGGCGCCAUCAAGUAGUCCGGCCACACGGAGUGCAGGUAGUGCACCAUCGAGCAGCACCAACGAGGUGGAAGAAAGCCGGCGAGUGAAAAUCGAUUUGCCCACGUUUGCACCACAAUCUGGAGCAGGAGCAGAUGAAACGAAAGAGAUAAUAUAACAACAUCAACAACAACAACAACAACAAAGGCCACAACAAUUGACAACAACAACAUUACGAAAUUAUUGCCCGUCUUUGAUUGAGCAUUGAUAAAGACAACAACAAAUACAAAUACGAAAGGCAAACAAGGAUUUGAAAGCAACAACAACAACAAGCACAACAAGAACAACAACACAUACGGAUGAAGAUGAAGAAGAACAAGAGAGCAUCAGCAACAUCAUUUAGAAAAAGCAUUUUUUGAUUUCGUUUAGAAACCUUCGCUCAUCGUUUAACAAAUGAAAUGGAAAUGGGUUCAAAAGUAGUUCGUAAAGUGGUUAAGGAAUUGGAUUUGCAAAAAUACUGGUCAAACACUUAAUAUUUAUGAUAGUGAAAAUUAUUCUAUGUUUUUUUUUCAAAAUCAAAACCACUUUUGAACAGCUUUGAGCCCUCGAAGCAACGCCCCGCACUCCACCAUCGUAUAUUCCGUAGAUUUCACCCCUUCAAUCACUCCGCACAUGUAUAAAAACGUCAUUGUAUACUUUCGAUAUGCCCCGUAGGCCCCAAGCUCCUUCGCAAGUAGAACCCCCCGACCAAAACCCUACCCCCGAAAACACCCGCAUUGUAUUGUAUGUAACCGAAACUGAACCACUGAAGCUAACUAAUCUCCCCUCCACUCCACCCAAACCGCCCCUUAAAACUCAAUGCACCUGCACCACCGAAUCUAAAUUCGUAUACGCACCACUUCGAUUCGUGGUUGUUGUAGCAAAUCGACGAGCAGGCGAACCGCAUUAUCUCGAAGCUGCUGAGAACUUUGGGACCCACGGUUCUGCGUACCGCCAUCCAGGGAAAUACUGCAAAUGCGGCCAGGACCAGUUUCGAUGCGGACUUCGAUGAUGAUGACGAUGAGAGCUCUAAGAGCAGCAGCAGCACAUCCACAUCCACAUCCGGUGGUGAUAGUGGCACCCGUGUGACCAUCGAACUCCCCACCUUCGAACCCGAUGAUGACAACGAGAUCGAUGCGGAAAAGAGCAGCGAGAGCAGCUCCACCAGUACCACAACCACUGAGUCCACCUAAAGUGCGUUUCGUUUGCUACAACAACUGUGAGAUACUCGCAAAAAAAUACACAGAGAAAAAUAUCACCAAGACGAGGCAUCAAGGCAUACCAUUGAAAUCUUAAACGUUUUGAAAUUACUUUUCAAGAUGUCCGAAAGUAUGCAGGAUGAUAUUUUAAAAAUGUAAAUACUAUCAAUUCAUUGAAGAAUUUUGUAUUUGAUUUUUCACUGCACACUUUUAGACUUCUACAAACAAUUUCAUAAGUACGGAAAUUUUGUUAGCACGCCUGUAUGCAACUUUCGGUUGAUAUUCCAAAACUCUGUGAGGAAGUACUUUUGAAUUGGUAUUUAAAAUUGGUUUCUCUUUUCCUCAAAAUUUCUCCGCGCAGCACUACAACAGCCACCCAACCACCCUCUGCAAAAUUUGAAAUAAAUAUUAAAGGAGAAUGAUAAAAUGAAAGUGAAGUUCUCAUUGAAUUGGCAUUGUUAACCAACACUUGAUUGUUUUGAAAUUACCUUUAGCACACUAGUUUCCAGAACACACGCAUACUCACCAGUCUUCUCUUUCUGUCUCUCGUUUUUCACUUUCAUGCCUUUGUCUCCCUCGCUCGCUCUCCGUUCUCCUCUCACUUUUCCUCUAUAGCGCUCUUUUCCAUCUUUUCGAUCAACUCUCCUUUGCAUCUACUUUUAAACUAUUUGCUAUAUUUUCUGUUCCAAACUAUCCUACCUUCUCAUGCGCACCCUCAUUCCACUUAGGUUAGUAGGUGUUUUUUACAAAUUAAAAUUUAUAUAUUCUACAUUUAUAUUGUAUUAGUUUUGUAAGUCAUUUUUUAAUACAUUUCCAAAUAUACCGAUAUAAUUGU